CGCUUGUUUGCUCAUCGUGAACGCCGGAACAGAUGCAACCCUAUUAACAUUAAAAAAAACAAAGAAAACAAAAGCAAAAACAAAAAAAACACUGGUAUUUCAGGUAAACUAUGUACUUUCAAGAGGACUGAAAUGUGAGCAUGCGGGCUACCGGGUGAGACAGAAAGCAGAGAUUAACCCGAGGUUGAAAUGCAGGACGAGAAGCCCAAAUCGGCACCUGGGAGGACGACAACACCGCCGCAGAAUUCGGUACACCAGAAUGGGCAUACUCUGACUCAUAAUGUCACAGACCCCAUUUCGUUGCCACAGGGGGAAUGCCAAACCCAGACUCCUGCACCCAUCCAAGCCCUUAAUGUCACAAGGGAGCAGUGGGGAGGGAAAUACGAGUUCCUGCUCUCCUGUAUCGGAUAUUGUGUGGGACUGGGGAAUGUGUGGCGGUUCCCCUACCUUUGUUACCGCAACGGAGGAGGUGUAUUUCUCAUCCCCUACUUUAUUAUGCUCUUCUUCACCGGUGUCCCACUCUUCCUCAUGGAGUUGAGUCUAGGACAGUACGGAGCAGCCGGCCCCAUCACAGUGUGGAAAUGCUGCCCUCUCCUUAAAGGUAUUGGCAUUGGGAUGCUCUGUGUGUCUAUUCUGGUGUGCCUCUACUACAAUGUCAUUAUAGCUUGGACCUUUUACUACCUGGGCAGCUCCUUCCAAAGCCCGUUACCUUGGUCCUGUGAUGCCUUGGUCAACUCUGCACUCUGUGGAAACUACACCGGAAACAGCACAUCCGGCAAAACCCUCAGCCCCACAGAGGUUUUCUGGAAUGAGCGUGUGCUAGGUGUGAUAAAUAGUGACGGCCUCCAUCACCCAGGGCCUGUCAGGUGGCCCCUAGCCCUCUGCCUCUUGGCUGCCUGGAUCAUCAUCUUCCUCUGCAUGCUCAAAGGAAUUCGCAGCUCUGGGAAGGUGGUUUAUGUGACGGCUACAUUCCCAUACUUUGUGCUCAUCGUUUUGAUCAUCAAGGGUGCCACACUGGAAGGCUCUCUCCAGGGUGUUGCCUUCUACCUUACACCAGACUGGAAGCGGUUAGCCAGUGCACAGGUGUGGAAUGAUGCAGCCUCACAGAUCUUCUACUCAUUAGGUAUUGGAGUGGGAGGACUGCUUUCUAUGGCCUCCUAUAAUAAGUUUGACAACAACGUCAUCAGGGACACUAUGAUUAUCACCAUAGGGAACUGCAGCACCAGCUUCUUUGCUGGCUUUGCUAUAUUCUCAAUCCUAGGUCACAUGGCAUGGAAGAAGGGAGUACCUGUCGGGCAGGUGGCAGAUACAGGGCCUGGUUUGGCCUUUGUUGCUUACCCAGAGGCCCUUGCCCUGCUGCCAGGCUCAGUCUUCUGGUCCAUCCUCUUCUUUCUCAUGCUGUUCAUGCUGGGGAUCGAUACAUUGUUUGGCAACAUGGAAGGCAUCACUACUGCAGUGCUGGAUGAGUUUCCACAGCUGAGGGGGAACAUGAAGCAGAAGACACUGUUCUUGGGCAUGCUGUGUUUUGGCUUCUACCUGAUGGGUCUCCUAUUGGUCACUGACGGAGGGAUUUACUGGUUCACUCUCAUUGACUCCUUCAGCACUAGUUUUGGCCUCAUUAUCAUCGCCCUCUUCAUGUGUCUUGGCAUCUCCUUCUUCUAUGGGGUCAACCAGUUUUGUCAAGACAUCAUUGAUAUGAUCUGCCACUGCCCCCCCUGGUGCAGUAAAAUUCUGCUUUACUUUAAAGCGUGCUGGGUAUUCUGCACACCUUUUCUUCUACUGUUAAUCCUGACCUAUAUCUUCAUUGAGAUGUAUAACACUUCACUCGAAUAUGGGUCCUAUGUGUUUCCAACCUGGGGCAAGGCACUAGGUGUAUGCAUGGGUGCCACCUGCUGUCUACAAAUCCCAAUUUGGGCCAUUGUGGCCAUCAGCAAGGAAACUGGGACACUGAAGGAUCGGUUUCAUAAAGCAAUUCGACCUCUCAAUACCUGGAGGGCAAACAACUUGAACAGCACUGGAAGAGGAGAGGAGCAGGUUGAACCAGACAGAGUGGAGGCUCCAUUCACUGUUACUCUUACAGACAUGGAUUUCACUGCUAUGACAUGGGAGCAAGGAAGCCAAGCAUGACAACUCUGAGUCCAGCUCUGAAACAACUAUAUUGUCAGGAUGGAAGGGAUUUGCUAUCCUGUUAUUUGCCCCAGCAUGGAUCUGGUGGCUGUUUUUCAACAGACUACAUGUCCUGCAGGGCAGUGUGUAUUUACUGGUUUAUUUAUACUUUCCAGAUUUGUUAUUUCUUUUAUUUGUUUUAUUCUAUUUCAUUGUCACAAUUUUACACUGUGUAUAAAGGUUUAGAAGCAAAGUUUGGAUCAUCAGACACUAGGUUGAUGCUACAGGGCUCAACCACAGUAUUUAGAUGAUAACUUGGAAAGAUAUCCAAUAUAUCUGCCAAUGAUUAUGUAUUAUUGUAGUAGCAUUUAACAAAUAAUUUUCACUGAUUGCAGGUGAUAGUGGUCAAGUGAUCAAUUUAUAUGGUCAAAGAAGGGAAAUGGGUCAGUACAUUACAAAAAUAAGUGACACCUACUUGCUAACUUCUGCAAUCUUUGGUGAUCAUGGAAAAACUGACCGCAAAUCAGAUUGUCGCUCUGUGAGUGACGCAGGGAACAACCCAUCAGGAAAAUGAAGACCUUUUAAGAGACUUUUUAAAUGGACUACUUAACGACUUGCUAUUGAAGAAUAAAUACAAUAAUUUGAAAACUAAUGGAGUUCAAAUGAUCAAUUUUUCAAAUUAUUAACACAUUAGAGUUGCUACAUAUCUGAGCUUAUGCAUUUAA